UUUUGAAUCUUUCGUUGCGGAUUAACGGGUAUGGGCUUCGGUUUCCGCCCGUUAAAUUAGGCCCGGUCCGUUGAACGAAUAACAGAUGGGCCCUUAAAUUUAGAUUUAAUUAUGAUCUGGAAAAGAUCCAAAACGGCGAAACGCCCCGAAACAAACGCAACUACGCAGCGAAACCUCGAACUUUCCUCCCCAAAUCUCGACCCGACUCGUUCUCCAGGACGCCAUGGCGAUCUUCUCUUCUUCCUCGUCUUCUUCUCACUUUUUCUUCUUCUUCCUCCUCCUCUCCUAUCUUCUCCUUCUCUCACUCGCCGCCGCCGAAGACCUCUCCUCGGCUUCUAACGGCACCACCAUCUACGAUCUCCUGCCCCAGUACGGCCUCCCCCCGGGCCUCCUCCCCGACACGGUCAAGGCCUUCUCCCUGAGUUCCAACGGAAGCUUCUCUGUCGAUCUCUACGGCCCUUGCUACGUCGACUUCGAGUACCUCGUCUACUAUGAGACCAAGGUCUCAGGCGUCGUCAGGUACGGCGGCAUCGAGGACCUCAAAGGAGUCAAGGUUCGCCGUUUCCUGAUUUGGAUGGACGUCGACGCCAUCAAGGUCGACCUCCCACCCUCCCAGUAUAUAUACUUCCAGGUCGGGUGGAUCACGCGCAAGCUCGGCGUCGAGCAGUUCCGGACGGUGCACUCCUGCAACGGGAAUAAGGAGCUGCUAGAUGGAGCCCAGGAGCUUUUCGAUUGGUCGCUAUAGCUCCAAAAUGACGCCACCCAUACGACGAAUAAGUUGGAGAAUGCUUCCCACAAGAUCUAAAUGAAGUGUAAUUUUCUGGAGAAAAAAAAAGGCUUUGGCUGUCUCUGCAACUAGUAUAGUUUUGGUAAAUAUUUACUGCACUCAAAACUCAUGUAUAUUUGCUGUACACGAACAAUUUACAGAAUCACGAACUCCAAGUUGAAACAUUUCUUGUUGGAUUUCUGACUACAUUUAGUGUAACGGGAUGCUGAUCGUGUUUAUCAUGUUAAA